GGGAGCAAGAGAGAGACUAGAGGAAAAGUAACAUCAUGAACUCUGAAAUCCUCUGGAUCCUGCUGUGCACCCUGUUGGGGAAGACCCUAGGCAAUCGAAUACGAUGUUAUGACUGUAAUCCAGAUGGUCCCUGCACUGAGAUUGUGAGGACAUGUGAGGAGGGCGAGCGCUGUGGAUUCCUGGAGCAAAGACUCAACCAAGAGGAGCAGGUCAAGUUUCCAGGGAACCCCACAGUCACCCUGAUCCAUCAUCACCCUACCUGUGUGGCUGCCCAUCGCUGUGAACAGGAGGAAACAGAGUUGGUGGGUGGUGUGUCCUAUACUACUCACAGUAGCUGUUGCCAUGGUGACCUCUGCAAUGGUGCUGCAACUACUAUGAUUCCUAGCAUUGCCUUGGCCACUCUGGUGGCCAUCACACUGGCUUGGAUCCUUCCAGGACUAUGGGGAGGGUAAUAGCAUUGCUGUAUGGGCACAUGGAGUGAGUGAGUAGGGCUGUGGUACCCUCCUCCAAUGUCUAUUAAACUCUACUGACUGAUUUACAGCUGAGCAGAAAAUUCACAUGUUGUGAUGGGGUUGGGGGGGGAUGCAAGGGAGGAAAAUGGAAAUAGGGCUUGGGGGCCUCAGGAAGUGAUCAAAUCUCAGCAGCCAGGGACCCUAAGAGAUGAUGAGAGCAUCCGGAGUGCCUGCUAGAUACUGUUGUUGGGGAAAACCUUCCAAAACAAUUAGAUUCCCUGAAAUGAGGUAUGUGGGUGGUGGGAGAGUCUCUUGAGCACUCAGUGAGGGUGACCAGGCCUCCCUAGAGCCUUCAGUCUGUGUGUUGUCCUACCCCCACCCCAUAUACACCUUAGCAAAUAAGACAGGGUUGUUUGGAACUCAGAGGAGACAGGAGACAAAGUGAAGGCACCUAUUUAGAGGUUGUUUCCCAGGCCUGAGACUUUCCCCUAAAAAACAGCCAAAAAUCUCAGAGUUAAGGAAAACCAUAGUAGUAUUGGGCAGAACUAUCUACUAGAAUCCUAGGUAGGGAAUUGCCCCACUUCAGUCUAAUCCUUCUCACCCAGCUGAAGUCUCAAGACUACCUGCAGUUCUGGAUGGAAAGUUCUAGAGGGGUGUGGUCCCUAUGUGGUGUGUACAACAUGUUCCCCCAAACAUUAGGUGCCAAUUCUCCAGGCAGAGGUAGGAACAGAAGAGGCCAGAAAAACUUGUUGGUCCAGAUCCUCCCUUCUCCACCCCAAACAGAGAAAUUCCCUGAGGGAGCUUCAGGGAUAAACAACUUGGGUGCC